UUUUAAGCCUUAAGCAAUAUGUAUAAUGACUUAGUGGCGCCUUUCCCAAUGGGUGGCUUAAUUUGAAAUGAUAAUAUUCCACUUUUAAAAAGGUGGUAUCGCCAUUUCAGACGCUCCUUUUAUUAUAAGAGGGAUGGAUGAUAGACUGUAUUUACAACGCUAUAUCAAAAAUAAGAACGUCUAGAAAAUAUCAGCGGCGACAGUUGUGACAAUAUAUACCGACUACCACCAAUAUUACCUACCAUACUGCCACCAUCGCAGAACUCCAGUAGUAGUGCCAUAUCAUGGUUCGCUACCCUUCUCGCAUCUGGAGGCAGCGGCUCUUUAAAGCUACCAUAUGCACAUGUCUAAUCCUCUUUCUCGCGCACAAAUUCCAGCUCCGUAAAAUCUUGCUGGCACGACGGUACGACACCUGGCCCUGGGAUCACAGCUGCUACAGGCUCUCCCCCUUCAGCAGCGCAUGCGCCGCAUCACGUGCAAAAAUUGCGCACGACGUGCAAAUCGUUAUAGAGACGGGCGGUUCCGAGCCAAAGGCCAGACUGCAGUAUCAGCUUGCGACGAUACUGUCUGGUAUUCCGGCUGAGAAUAUUUUGAUAUUCUCGGAUUUGGAGGAGGAGGUCGGGGCUUUUCGGAUACGUGAUGCGCUAGCGGAUGUUUCGAUGCGGGAACGUGGGGAGUAUCCGGAAUUUGCGUUUCAUGAUGAGUUGCAGAUGUAUCGGCGGGAAGGGAGGGAUACGCACGAACUGGAGGGAGGGCAGAAGUUGGCGAGGUAUAAGAAUAUGGCUAUUAAGCGUAUGAUUUGGAAGAUGUUGGGGGCCGAGAGGAGUGCGCUGUGGAGGCGGAAGUGGUAUGUUUUUAUUGAUACGGACACUUUUAUCGAAUGGGAUAAUCUGCUUGCGUUGCUGGAGCAUUUGAACCCUAUAAAAAAUAUGUAUAUGGGGAGUCCGGUUUGGGGCCCUACACCCCCGUUUGCGCACGGUGGGAGUGGUUAUGUAUUCUCGUACAAGGCCUUGGAGACACUUAAUAUGCCUGGCCGGGGUGGCGACGAAGAGUUAAUGUAUAGCCAGUAUGGCGUAAACACGACCGCGCUGUGCUGUGGUGAUGAGGCUUUGUCGGUGGCGCUGAAGCGGAAAGGCAUCGAAAUCAAAGGGUAUUGGCCUUUGUUUAACGGAGAUCCACCAGUGACGAUCAAUUUUGGGCCCGAGAUGUGGUGUGAGCCGGUAAUUUCCUUGCACCACGUCACUGGGACAGACAUGGAAGAUCUAUGGCGAUGGGUCGAGAACUGGAAAUCCAGAGCAAUGAGCAUGGUAUGGUAUCGAUUUAUAUUCGAACCCCUUCGCAUAUUGUCUCCUGAUUCUCUGCGUUCAACAUCAAUACUGUACUAAGUAUACUUAUCAUAUAGCAACCCUUCCUAUUUAGAGAUUUGUUCGAGUACGUCGCUUCGCAACUAGUUCACAGGAUGAAUGAUUGGGACAAUACAGACGACGGGUGGAAAAUAUUUCACCAUGUUAAGGGUACCAAGAAAGGCGCUUUGGCAUCCUUUGAGCAGUGUGAAGCAGCCUGUGAAGCAGACAACCUGUGCUUUCAGUUUGUCGUCAACGGAACCACAUGCGCCCUAUCACACAACAUCCGGGUUGGCAGGAAGCGCCUGCCAGAUACAGAAGGAGCGCACCGGUAUAUCUCAGGAUGGAAUUUGCAGAGAAUUCAGGACUGGACGACGAAGACGAAGUGCACGAGCGCGCAUUGGGUGCAUUCAAAUCCGUGAGUACGGUAUUGGUAUUGAGCUGGUUGUGAUUCGCUUUAUAGAAAUGUGGUGUUGAAGAUCGAUGUACAAGCAACAUUGUUCUUGGGCUCUAAGAAUUGUCAUCGCACAGCGUCUGUAAAGCAGCAAGAGUCUAAGCUCGUUAAAUUUCUGGCGGCCUGAGAAUAAAUGGUUAAGCGAAAGUGUUUUUAACGGUUUCGUAUAAGAUAACGGGUGUUACCAUCUCCGAAGGUAGAACCUCGACUAGCCGAAAAGGGGCCGGUGGUUCCGAAUGUUUCUGUCACGAUUUACGAUUAAGAUAAGGAUAUAUUGAGGGGCAGCAGUCAACAUGUCCAUAUAAGUUUAGGCCUUAUCGAAAAGCAAGGCGAUUUGUAUACAAAUUUGUAUAAUAAUCGCCUCAUAUGAUCUCCUCAUCUUUAA